UGCCGGACGCUUAAAAUUUUUUUGUAUGCUAUUGUUUUUGGCUGGGUAAAAUUUACCCAUAGCGCGAGCGGUUACGUUCCAGUUUUUAAGUGUUUUGUUACCAACAGGCAUAAUAUUAUUCUAACAAAUGGACAAAAAAACUGAAGAUCAGUUGCUAAAAUGGUACGACAAUUUAGAAAGUGACCAAGGCGAAGAUAUUCUAGGAGGUCAGGAAACAGAUGAAGAAGAUGAUCUACACAUUAGUGAUCACGACUCGGCUUCAGAGGAGGAUCCUUUUGAAGAAAAUGAAGCAAUAAUGAACAUACCUGAUGAUAUUUUCCUUUCCAAUUUUGUGCGGCACUAUGUCGGACGUGACGGAACUAAAUGGAAUAAAGAUCGACCAAGUCAAAAUGUGCGGACGCCUAAACACAAUAAGGUAACUGAUCGACACAAACCAGGAGUACGUCCUGAAGCGAAGCAUGCAAAGGCGCCUCUAGAAUCUCUUAGUCUUUUUUUAUCUAAUGAUUUGCUUCAAAAAAUUGUAGAUUACUCCAACAUUUACAUUGAUAAAAUUAAACGCCAGUACUCACGUGGACGAGAUGCUUUACAUACAAAUUUACAUGAAAUAAAAGCCGUUAUCGGGCUUUUGUACCUGGCUGGAGUUGCUAAGUCGUCACAUGUCAACAUAUACGAUUUAUGGGCAACUGAUGGUAUGGGUUUGGAUAUAUUUCCUGCUGUGAUGUCGAUAUCUCGAUUUAAAUUUUUGAUGAGAUGUCUGCGUUUCGACAAUAUUUUGGAUCGCCAAGAGCGAAAAUUAGAAGACAAAUUAGCUCCAGUUCGUGACAUGUUUGAAGAUUUUGUCCAAAAAUGUCAAAACAUGUACACCGUAUCAGAGAAUGUGACAACAGACGAAAUGUUAGAAGCCUUCCGUGGGCGUUGUGGGUUUCGGCAAUAUAUCAAAAAUAAACCGGCCCGUUACGGAAUAAAAAUUUUUGCCAUGGUUGAUUCAAAAAACUUGUAUACAUCUAAUUUGGAAAUAUAUGCAGAUAAACAGCCUCCGGGACCAUACUAUCUUGAUAAUUCGGCAUUUGAAGUAGUGAAGAGGUUGGUUUUUCCCAUUUCAGGUAUAGGACGUAACGUGACCAUGGAUAAUUGGUUCACUAGCGUUCCUUUAUCCGAAGAGUUAAUGAAAAACCAUAACCUUACCAUGGUAGGUACAAUAAGGAAAAAUAAAAGAGAAAUACCAGUUGAAUUUUGCUCUAAAAAGAAGAAGUCUGAAAUUCCUUGUAAUACGUUUGGUUUCAAAAAUUAUAUAACUUUGGUUUCGCAUACAUCACCAAAAAAAAAUUGGUUUUACUACUCUCGACAAUGCACCAUGAUGAUGAAAUUAUUACUUACUACAACAAGACAAAAGGCGUUGUUGAUGUUAUAGAUGAAAUGAAAGGAUCCUACAAUGUUUCCCGAAAAACCAAUCGUUGGCCACUUGUAAUUUUUUUUCAGUGCUAAAUAAUGCCCCAAUAAAUGCGCAAGUAAUUUAUGCAGAAAAUGUGGGCAAUACUGUGGUAAGAAGAAAGUUUCUGAAGGAGUUGAUGCUUUCUUUUUGUCAAGAACACAUGAAAAACAGAGCAGCAAUCACUACGUUGCCAAGAGACUUACUCCAAAAAAUAAGGAAAUAUGCUGGAAUUGAAACAAUCGAUAACGUUCAAAUAGCAACUGGUAUCAGAGGAAGAUGUGCCAACUGUACAAACAAAAAAAGACAGAAAAACUACAAUUUGUUGCUACAGUUGCAAAAUUUAUAUUUGUCGAGAGCAUCAAUACUGUUUUUGUGAAAAUUGUGCAAAAAAAAAAUUUUCUUAGAUUAUAAGUUGAAAAUAUAA